AAUUCUUCCUUUCUUUUGUUUGACGGUCGUUCACUCCGCUCCACUCGCUCUCGAGUCUCGUUGAUUUGGCCGAUGUUUGGCCUAGUUGCUAAGUUUAUUAGAAUUUAGUUUCAAUUUUCGUAAAUGUAGUGAUAAUUCUUUGUUUUAACAUCACAGUGACAUUAUUAUGUGAUACUUAAAAUGCCUGGUAUAAGGAAAUAUCGACGCGAUACCAGCGAAGUUAGCUGUUGUUUGAAAUAUGUUAUUUUUGGUGUAAAUGUUUUGUUCUGGUUUCUGGGGCUGAUCGUGCUAGCGAUUGGAAUCUGGGCAUGGACUGAAAAGGACACAUUCAACAAUUUGUCGAGGCUCACCAACAUUGCAUUGGAUCCAGCGUUUAUAUUAAUAUGUGUGGGGACAAUUACGUUUAUAAUCGGGUUCACGGGUUGCGUGGGCGCACUCCGUGAGAACACGUGCCUCCUAGCAUGCUAUGCUGUUUUCCUUGCCCUGCUGCUAUUGGCGGAGAUGACGACGGGAAUUCUCUUUUUCGUCUUCAAAGAUUGGAUAAAGCAACAAGCGACAACUGGCUUCCAAACAUUCAUCACACAUUAUAGAGAAGAUCCCGAUCAACAGAACCUUAUUGAUUGGAUACAAGAAGACUGGCUACAAUGCUGUGGCGUAGAGGGUCCUCGGGAUUGGGACCGUAACGCGUACUUCAACUGUUCGAGCGGGGCCGUCGGCUCGCGCGAAGCUUGCGGCGUUCCCUUCAGCUGCUGCAGGAACAAGCCACAGGAUAUCAUCAGGAACAAACAGUGCGGUUACGAUGUUAGGAAACCUACUUAUCAACUGAGUUCCCGCGUGAUACACGAGCGUGGCUGCAUGGCUGCCGGCGAGGACUACCUGCAGCGACACAUCGUGCCCGUCGCCCUCGUCGUCAUCGGACCCUUAGCGCUUAAGAAUUAUGAUAGAACAAAGAUAAUAUAUGACAAGGGCUGUUUAGAGGCCGCCGAGGAGUGGUUCGACCACAACCUGUUGAUAGUUGCCACGUCCGCUGUUUGUACCGCUUUUGCACAAAUUCUAGGCAUCUGCUUUGCGCAGAAUCUGCGCGCGGACAUCUUCGCGCAGAAGGCGAAGUGGCACUGACAAUCAGCGUCUCCUGCCGCCGUGUGACGCCCUCGUCCGCGACGCCGCCCCAAGCACGUCUACGCCAUAGCACACUAACACACACACUAAGGUUUGUUUUGUAAUAUUUACUGACUUUUUAGCACAAUCGGAAGAGUUAUAAAGCAGUAAUUUUGAAAAGAAUUGGGAAUGUUUCGACUGACAUAGAGCUACAAAGAUGACGUACCUAAUUCGACCAUGAAAAUAUCAGUUUGGAUAAGUUUCUUGUAGAUUAAAGAUCGCUAAGGUUUAAUUUUUCCACGAAGCGAAAGAGGAAAUCAACCACAUUUCUUGAUGGUCAAUUGUAACUCACAAACACUGAUAAACUACAAAAAUUGAAAUUAUGUGACGUUUAGUUUUCUUUCAAUUCGUGGAGCUAGCGUUGUCUAUGUACUCUAUUGUCCUGUCCAUGACAAUAUAAAGUUUAUACAAUCACUCAAAAUGAAACUAUUGUAUAUCCUCAUUGUCGGUCGAAAAACAUCCGUUCCACCUCUUUUCCAUUGUUGCUAAAAAGUAAAUAUUUGAUUGUUCCGCACAUGUCUAUGUAAAAUAAUUAACGGAAAUAUAACACAUGCAUUUGUUUGCAUAAUAGUUUAAUGUUUGUCGUGCAGAUUAUUUAUAUACACCACAAGUGCUCAUCUUACUGUCCCUAGGCUUUCUGAGGAUAACUUUCAAAUCUAUUGUAACACAGAGAAGUGAGUCAAUGGAGGUCUAAC